AUGAUUAUACAAACAUAAUUAUGUUUAAAUUACAAAAUGUUCGUUUUAACAGAAAAGUGAAAACUAAAACCUUGGUAUAUUGUAACUCAAAAGCUUAAUAUCCCAAUAAUUCAUCCUCUCCUGAUUGGCUGAUAGAGAAGCCAAUCAAAAUUCAAGAUUCUCGUUCAAUAAUUUGACUGACAUGCAUUCAACACAACUCUAUCUAUUUAUAAUUUUAAUGAUCUUUCACUGAAAACUACGGAAAAACAGUUUCGCGUGAUGUUAGGCGGAUUGCGCGGUGUCUCGCCUAUAUCCGAUACAAUGUCCGAGGGUACAUUGGAGAGGAAUCGCGCUGAAAAAGCCCUAAUAACUAAGACACCAACUCAUAGCCAAAUGUUUCCUAAAAAUAAUAGCAGUGUUAAAAAUUAUUCUGAUAAAAAUGGAAACGAUGUUACGAAGACUGUUUAUAAGGGAAGGCAGACGUUUGCGUUCUGGACUCUCGUUUGUUUAUUGUUUAUUUUGGCUAUCGGGAAUUUGAUAUUGACAUUUACUAUUUUAGCUGUCCUUCGACUUGGGCAAGGCAUGGAAAGCAUGGAGUUCCUCCCGGAGCACAAUGCAGUGAAGUUCUUCGGAGACACAGACUUUGAGCACAUCUACAAGAAGGAUGGACUGAUCGAGAGCUUCAGGGACACUCCCAUGAGCAUCACGUCUGAGAAUGGAUCUGUUAUGUUUAAUUUACAAAUUAAACCAUCUCGCUACGAGAACAAGUUGACUGUCAAUACUUCCGGUGUGUUCGUGCGCGGCGUGAGCGCGCUGGAGCUGGUGGACCCUGACUCCGGAGAGGUGGUCUUCAGUACUGCCGACCCUGAGAUGAACGUGCCUGAUGGGUUGCGGAAUCUGCAUGCUAAGCAAAUAUCAGUGAAACGAAUAACAUCGCCAGUCGACGAAGACCUGACUCUCCGUUCAGAAAACUCUGCCCAUCUCCGAGGAGCUGAGGGCACCCACAUGGAAUCCAAGGAGUUAUUCUGGAGCGCAGACCAAGAUAUCUACCUGAAAUCCGUCAACGGUUCCAUUGUGCUAAGUGGCAAAGAAGGUGUCUUCAUCGACGUGAGAUACUUGCCAAUUGCCAGUGCGUCAAAUAAAACUGAUAAAUUCAUUGGCACCGGUCAGUUUAAAGUGUGUGUUUGUAUGCCUCAAGGAAAAUUGUUUAGAAUAGCAGUCCCCAAUGGUCAAAAAGUAACGUGUUCUCAUGUUAAUAUGACAGGGGAUCUGAAUCCUUGUGUGUAAGUUCGAUUUUUGGGUGUGCUAUUUGUAAUAGGGAUGAUUUUUUUGCAGUGUCCGUCUUGUAGUAAAAAUGUAUGGUGAUGGACGGUUUUUUUUUUAUUUUGUACGGCAAAUAAAAAUUGCUCUGAUUUUAGUGAAUGGAAUGUUCGUGUGACGUCGCGAUUGUGUAUAAAUUUUACGAAAUUGGUACGUCGUAUUUCGUCUUCUAAAAUUUUAAAGCUGUUUAUCUUUGUCUAUAUUUUUUUGUUGUGAUGUUCAGAUAAAGAAGAAAAUACGUGUCUCAUAUUUUUCAAUUAUCUAACUGAGCUACUAAAUAUAUGCUUUCUGCACUACCGUAGAGAUGUCUACUGGGUAUAAAAUACCCAGUAGACAUCUCUAUGGUAGUGCUUUUAGGAGAAAUUUGUUUUAUAUUGUGGUAAGCAACAAACUCUUAAUCUUUUAAAGAGGAAUUCAUUUUUGAGAUUUUGUUUGUGAUAAAUCAAUGUACAUUGACAAAUUUCAUCAUCAUUAGCCCAUAUUCGUCCACUGCUGGACAUAGGCCUCCCCAAUAGCACGCCAUCGAGAUCUAUCUUCGGUUGCUCGCAUCCAGCUCCUGCCGUCUUGCGCAGAUCAUCACUCCAUUUGACAAAUUUACUAUAUUCCAUUCGGGGUACUUGAAAAUGGUAAAUAAUCUUGUAAUAGUCGCAAUAAAGAAUGUAAGUCUUGGUGUCUUUUUAUACAGACACAUCUAUACAUAUAUGUAGAUAAAAUUGGAGUAUCUGUUUGUCAUUAAAUUACCGUUUUAUCCUCCAAGUAAGUGAAUAUAUAAGGUAAGAACACUAAAAUAACAUAUUUUCAAUAUUUGUUUGUUUGUUCUGGCGAAUCUUUGAAAUGGCUGGACCGAUUUUGACGCGACUUUUUUUUAAUGUAGUUUAUUUAAUAAGGAGUAACGUAACAUCUAGUCUUUGCAUAUGUUGCCUAUGUCAGAGCUAUUUAUGUUUUAUUAUAGUUUUAAGUAUUUAGUAAAAUAUACUAGUCAGA